AUGAGCUCUUUUAACAAAUUCACGAAUCAUAUUAUCUCGAAUUUUGGAGCUAAAUCAAAUAUUAACGUAGACCGAGUGCUAUUUUCAAACAUACUUAAGGCUCCAAUCUCAAUUUCUAAUAUAGAUCUCGAGAGUAAAACAUAUCAUGAAACUCAGAAGGCCAAUGAUGUGAUGCUGCUUGUUUCAUCAGCUACAUUUACAAAGUGCAACGGAUACACAGGCGGUGGCAUCGAUGCAAAUGGAACUUCCCUUAUUAUUCGCAAUUCUAUUUUUGAUGAAAAUAAAGCUGAAGUUGGUGGAGCUAUUUCAGCUCUAUUUUGCAGUAAAAUCACCCUCGAUGGCAACAGAUUUUCUUCAAAUACAGCUCAAUACACAGGAGCUCUUAAUUUAGACUCAAAUGUAGAAAAGGGUGAUUCAAAUGUCCGCAACAGUAACCUUACAGGAAAUACAGCCGUCAAAUGGACUGGUGCCAUGAGAAUGGAUCGAACUGGCGGCACAUUACAAAAUUUGAUUUUUGAAAAGAAUUCUGCUAUGGCCUGUGGCGGAUUCUUUGAUUACUCAUGCGAGCCUUGCACAAGAAACGUCAUAGAAUGCCAAUUCUUGAGGAACAGAGCGAUGUCUCGUGGUGGAGCUUAUUGCUGCUUCCAUAUAAAGCAAAAUGUCAACUUUUUGCAAUGCACAUUCAUUGAUAAUAAAUACGAGACAAAAACUAACUCAAUUGCAAUUGAUUCUAUAAAUAUUAAAGUUACCAUCGAUAAAUGCUCGUUUUCUGGUAGCAAGGACAAUGAAAUUGUUAUGAAAUUCCAAGGAUCUACCGUUACAAAUCGUGAUUCAAAGUUUGACCAAAAAUAA